UAUUAACUCAUAAGCUUUACUUUGUUGUUAAUUAUUCAUUUAAUAUAAUAAGGAAUGUAUAUUUCACGCUACUGAGUUUAUUUCGUAGUAGAAACUCUGCUUUACAAGUGUUAUUUGUUGAAGUUUUUUUUUAUAAAAAGUAAGUUGACGGUCAUAAAAAUCUGUGGAAUCAAACUGCGUGGCAUGGCGGAACUGACAGAGGCACAAUUUUGGCGUUGUAUAUUCAUUUUAAUACGAAAUUACCAUGCAGUCAAUAAAAAAAUAUUUUCUUGCGUUAUAACAUGUGUAAAAAAAAUUAUUAACGAAAACAAUCAAAUACAAACUACAAAUGUUACAAAUGUUAGUAAGCAAAAUGAUGAAAGAACUGUAUGCGAUUCCACCAUUGAAGAACUGGAGAAAUAUUUGGAUAAUUCUUCUUCGUCUCAAAGACGAGAUAAAUGUAUAGGCUUCAUUAUCAAUUACAAGUUGUUAACAAAGAAAUUAGGUGAUAACAUCACAGCAAUAGGGAAAAUUGAUUUUGUCAAAAUCCGUUACACCUGCAAUAUGAGUGGCAAUAUAUUUGAAGACUUUGUUGUCAGUUACGUUAAUAGUGAUAUAGUUAUAGAGAUGUUAACACAACACUUGGAUAUUAACCGAACGGAACGUUGGAUGACACAAGUGCUGAAACCUAAGUUGUUGAAAUGGUGUCAAAAGUCUAAAGCUGAUAACAGCAGCAACAUAAGAUCGUUACAAAUGAUAGACAAUGAGUACUAUAAUGAUUUAUACAAAACAUUGAAAAUCAAAUAUGCUGAGAAGGUGAUAAAGUUCUGGGAUGAUGCAAAAGAGUCCACAGAUCCGUUAAAAUUCAUUUAUGAAGAUUUGGCGAUAGCGGCUUAUUUAAUUACAUAUUGGCAAACAAACAACGCAGAAGCAGAGACUGUUUUCGCAGAUUUAGGCUGCGGUAAUGGUUUAUUAGUUUAUAUACUUAAUGAAGAAGGCUAUGACGGUUUUGGCUAUGAUAUACGAUCAAGAAAACUUUGGUCCUUGUAUCCAAGUACUACAAAAUUAAUUGAGCAAGCAAUACACCCAGAUGAUUUCAAUCUGCCGGUAGGAGUCAACUGGGUGAUUGGUAAUCAUUCGGAUGAAUUAUCACCCUGGUUACCGGUAUUAGCAGCAAUAGGAAGUUACAAUAUGAAUUACUUUCUUUUACCAUGUUGUGCCUAUGAAUUUUCUGGAGAAAAGUAUCAACGAAGAAACUCAAAUAUAAGUGUCUAUCAAGAUUUUAUGAACUACGUGCGUGACAUAUCCCAGAAAAGCGGUUUUAUUACAAUACAAGAUCGUUUAAAGAUUCCAAGCACAAAAAGGCUUGUUUUGAUGGGUACAGAACGCAUAUACAGUGUGGAUCAAUAUGACAGAAAGGUAAAGGAGCUUUUAGAAUUUGUGGCAAUUGAAAGGAAUUUACAUAGCAUUGGGAACCGUGACGACGAAAUAAAACUACGUGAAAAAUCAAUUGCUGUAAGAAAUUGUACUAAAAUAGAUCGAUGCAUUAUUGAUGAUUUAGUGAAAAAAAUUUUCUUAUUACUAUUGGAAAUUAACAAUAAUAACUUAAAUAAAGACAUUAGUUUGAUAUGGCAUCAUGGUGGGCAGUUAACCAUGCGUGCACUGGCUGAAAAGCUUACGAAAGAAGACUUAAAACGUAUCAAAUCAGAAUGCGGAGGCAUAAAAACAUUGUUGAGAAAUAAACAUGAGAUUUUUGAAUUUCGCGGCAAUGAUUUAAUUGGUAUUCGCAAACCGCAAGUGCUUCAAAAGGUUCCAAAUAAACAACAAACGUACAAAAAACGUUUAUGCUUCUUUAAAACGAACCACCCACAAGGCUGUCCGCUAAACGACAACGACUGUACAUUUCUACAUUGACAUAAAAAACAACAAUUUUUAUACGCAAUUGUAUAUUUGAAUAAAAAUGGAAAUUUUAUUUUAUUA